CGCACCUCCUUUCCUUUUUCGGAUUGUCGACUCCUUCGCUGUGCGGGUCCUCGCUGCGCCGCCUGGGCCGUCACCAUGGUGAAGCUGAGCAAAGAAGCGAAGCAGAGGCUGCAGCAGCUCUUCAAGGGCGGCCAGUUUGCCAUCCGCUGGGGCUUCAUUCCUCUCGUGAUUUACCUGGGAUUUAAGAGGGGUGCAGAUCCUGGCAUGCCUGAGCCAACUGUUUUGAGCUUACUUUGGGGAUAAAGGACUGUUUGGUCAUCUGGAUUUGGAAGCAAUCAAUGGACAGGAACAACACGGAAGGUGUUCACUCUGGCUGGGACAAGAGAUGGGACAUCGUUCAGACGUUCACCACUUGGAUGGCACAAGGCUCUUCGCAGGUGCAUCUGUGGCAGAGUGGAGCCUCUGCUGACUUAUUUAUGGUAGACUGUAUCAAAUAAAUGUUUUUAACAGUG